CAUAUUUCAGAAAAUACCCAAGAUUCUCUCGUUACAUCUGACAAAGAACGACAGCCAUAUUGAAUUGAAAGAGAGGACGAAGGGCUAAAGUGAAUUGGCUUCGGGGGUCGAUAAAUAAUCUUUUAUAAUUAAAAUAUUAUUUUUCUUAGUUUAAGGCUUUAAUUAAGCCAUGGGAACUCCACAACAACCAGCAAUUGCAGCUGCAGAGCUUGAAGUUGGUACUGCAAAUUCAACAAUUCUUGCCAUCCGCCGGCCUUUUGACCCCGUUGCACAUGAUUUAGACGCAGCGUUUCGGCUUACUAAAUUCACAGAGCUAAAAGGAUGAGGGUAUAAAGUCCCCCAGGAGGUUCUGCUCAAACUCCUGGAGGGACUUCAACAAGAUAACGAUGGUGAUGCUGAACAAGUCCAAUAUAUGCAUUUGGGAAUCCCUCGAAUUGCACUUUCCCACUUAGGGAUUGGCAUGGAUUGCAGCAUUACCCCCUUGAGGCAUGGUGGAUUGUCAUUAGUCCAGACAACUGAUUUCUUAUAUCCUCUUGUGGAAGAUCCCUACAUUAUGGGCAAGAUAGCCUGUGCCAAUGUUCUCAGUGAUCUGUAUGCUUUGGGAGUUACAGAGUGUGAUAAUAUGCUUAUGCUGUUGGGUGUCAGUACCAAACUAUCAGAAAAAGAAAGGGAUGUUGUCAUACCUUUGAUGAUGAGAGGCUUCAAAGAUUGUGCCUAUGAAGCUGGUUGUAAUGUGACAGGGGGACAGUCUGUGCUAAAUCCAUGGAUUACAAUAGGUGGUGUUGCCACUAGUGUUUGUCAACCAAAUGAAUUUAUUAUCCCAAAUGAUGCAGUAAUUGGAGAUGUUCUUGUGCUUACCAAACCAUUAGGCACCCAAGUAGCAGUCAGUGCUUACCAUUGGCUUGAACAGCAAGAUAGAUGGAACAGGAUCAAACUAGUUGUCAGUGAGGAAGAUGUGCACAAAGCAUAUCAACGAGCUAUGGAUACCAUGGCUAGGUUAAAUAGAACAUGUGCCAGACUCAUGCACAAGUACAAUGCACAUGGUGCUACAGAUGUGACUGGUUUUGGUCUUUUAGGUCAUGCUCAGAAUCUUGCUAAGAGUCAGAAUAAUGAAGUGUCAUUUGUGAUCCACAAUCUUCCCAUUAUUGCUAAGAUGGCAGCUGUUGCUAAAGCUUGUGGCAACAUGUUUCAGUUACUUCAGGGGCAUUCACCAGAAACUUCAGGUGGCCUUCUGAUCUGUUUGCCACGAGAACAAGCAGCUGCAUACUGUAAAGACAUAGAAAAAAGUGAAGGCUAUCAAGCUUGGAUCAUUGGAAUUGUAGAGAAAGGAAAUCGAAAAGCACGCAUUAUUGAAAAACCCAGAGUCAUUGAGGUUCCUGCUAAAGAAAAAGAUGGAGAGAUUUGGUAGCAUUAUUAGCUAAUUUUGCACAUUGUGAACUGUUGUGGGAGCAAAAGUUUCAUUCCAUGAACUUUAUUCAUUUUGAAAUUAAUCCAUUUCAGCCCUCUUAUGUUUCUGAAGCUUUUGGAUACAUUUUGCUUUCAUAAUUUUAUUAUUUUUCGUGAUAAAAACAAAGUUUUUAGAUACCACAUUUUGACAACAGUUUUUCCAAGUCUGUUUGAAAACCUUGUAGAUAUAUAUGGUCAGGUAAAAUCUGGAUUGAGCAGCAGAUGUUUCCUACCAUCUAUUAACAACCUUGUGUGAUGCUGCAUUGGCUGUCCAUGGAAUGAUUCUAUUCUGAGAAUUCUCCUCUUGAGAAUUGGAAUAGAUGAAGAUUAGUGGUUCAGUUAUUAAAAUGGAGCUCUUGACUUGCUAUUUCCAAAGAUAUAAUAAAUUAAUUUGAAGACUUAGGAAAUUAUGGAUAUUAAAAUAUUUUUUGUUUCUUACAUUAGUUUUGUUGCAAUGUUUUGUUGCACUUAACACAUUUAAUAUACAAAUUUUGUGUACUAACAGAUUAUCCUUUGGACAUCUUUAUUACAGUAUUAGUUUUAAUACACUUCUUUUAAAGAAAACUCAUCACACUAAGCCAUUUUGUUUGUAAAAACCUAGAAGUUGAAAAGUACUUUGUCUACAUUAUCACUAGUGAAUGAAAAUUAUAAUAGUUUUUUUUUUAUUGUUUCCAGAGGUGUUGCUAGGUGCUAAAAGAUUUGGGGCUUGGGCCUAUAGGCAUGGGAAUUUUAGCAUUUCAGUAUGAUAUCAAUCAUGGUUUUCUAUUCUAAUUUUUCAAGACACCAACUGGGGAUUCGGGGCACUGUCAAAUAGAAUCGUGGCAUGCGUCUCAUGUGCCAGUGCCUAGCAAUAUGUCUGAUUGUUUCAUUCUUUGUAUAGGCCAUACAUUUAAUUAUCUUUGAAAUAAGUUUAAUGUAUUAUUUGAUAAAAUGAAUUCCUUGUAAAGUAAUAUAACAUUACUAUCAAA